AUGUCGGCCUCGCACCUCCUCGUCACUCUUCGUCGUGGCACAGCUGGGAAACCAAAGUCCGUCCUAUCCACGCUCGCCGCUCUGGGUCUGCGUCGAACGCGCGACGCCAAGAUCGUUCCCAACGACGGUGGGGCUCGAGGAAAGCUCCAACAGGUGAAACAUCUCGUUCGCGUGGAGACGAUCGAGGAGGCGGAGAAGCGGCUUUUAGAGGCACAGGCGCGACGCGCGGUGCGAGAACCGAUCAGAGCGACGCACUGA